GAAGAGGAGACUCUACAGUCUGUGUCUGUUGUUUUCAUCUUGCGUUUUUUUCUCCUGUUUUUCCCCUGCGGCCCGGCAGCACCACCGUGUGCAUUCCGUUUUUGCUGCCCACCCUGAGGAAGCAGAGACAGGAGACGGGUGACCGCCGCGAUCUGGCUGUUGUGUCACUCUGUGGUGAGUGUGUCCGCGAUCCGAAAAAACGUAACACGGAUGUCGCGACCUGCUCAAUUGGAAAGUGGGAAAACGUUUCUGGAGGCAUACUUCUUCGCUUCCCAGGAACUGGAGAGUUUUGCCGCGCUCGGAAAGAACUCUCAAAUUCCCCAGAAACAGUUCCUCCGCGGCCCCCGCCGUUUUCUCUGGUUGGACUGAUGGCUCGGGUCUUCACGCCGCUGGAACAGUGAGGGACAAUACCUCGAGGAGCGCUGGGUGUGCGGGUGCAAAUGUUAUGCUGUCUGUUUUUGUCCAGCCGCUUUCACAUAAAUUGGUGACAGUCAAAUGCCUUUUCAACAUAGUGAGAGCCUGCGUGUUUCUCGCGUUCCCCGUCGGCGCCAUAAGCCGCGGCGAGCGCACGCGACACUCGAGCUGGGACGCGAAAACACUCUGAGAUCCUUCUGGGAUGCCGCUGUUCUGCCUCUCCGUAGGACAGCAAAUGCGUGCAAGAAGUGCAGUACGUGACUGCCCCUGUGAAGACUACUUCGCGAACUCUGCGUUCGAGAUUCCGUAUGCCCCACUCUCCAUGCCGUUGAAGGGAAGUGACCCGUCAACCUCGUUGUUCAACCAAAAAGUCACGGCCACCGGGUCUUUCUGCCGUACUUAGAUUCGUCUUGUCCUAUCGGAAUUAAUACAGCGAAUAGAGGUCUUUGGCACUUUUUGCUUGGUGCAUGCUUUCUGGUAACCCCUUCGCAGGCACCACAGCGGUCGAGUUGUAAGGAUCGCGCCACAUCCCACUCGGCGACGGCAAGGGACGAAGAACGGAGCCAAAUCGCUCGCGUUGCCUACAUUACCUUGAAUGGGCGCUGUGUGUAAUCGGGCCCGUUUUGCUGCUCUGCACUUUCAUAUGGGAGCAACGCCAUAGACUGCCGACCCCUUCCUCUCUUCUGUCGAUCAUCUGCUCGGAGGAAAAUCCUCGGAGGUCCCGUAAAACUACCGGAGCAACACUUCCGCCUAGUGUCUCUUUUUCCGCGAACACGCUGAAGCGAAGGUUGCGUCAUCUGCAGAGGAACUGUAUCUAACGUCUGCAGAAGUUCUGUCACUCAGUUUUCUGCCCCCUUCGGUCUCCUGGCGUGUCGAGCCGGUCGGUGCUCUAAAGCAAUAAAGAUGCAAGAAACGUCUCCCGCCCACCGCGAGCGACAUGCGCUGCGCCUCCAACUGGUUCCUGAUCAGCUGUCUCCCUCGCUGGAAGACGCAUCUUCUACUUCCCAUCCAUCGUGCGCUGCACCGUCAGAUCGAGACGUUUCGUCGUGUGUCGUUUCGCGACAGAAUAUCCGAAAUGACUCGACAGAAGGUGUGACAGUUGUCAGUCCUCACUUGCGACGGUGUCUAACCGAGUACGAUGAAUACAUCGACUUCCUUCCCGCGAGCGUAAUGGACGUUUCUUCGCCGUCGCAGAGAUCCGGAGGGGCUGAGCGAGAUGACGCCAAGCUGGAGGGCCUAACUGGGCCGGGGAACAACGGGGACCGGGACAGCCUUUCAAGGUGGCCUGCGAAACUUACUACCUCGCUCUCCUCCGCGUUUGUUCAGAGACGGGGAGUGACAAGACCAGGAUCUGAUCUGGUGUCGCCUCUCUUUUCGUCUUUCUUGGCAGACGGCAGGCAUGGAAGUCGCAACGAGGUAGACUCAGCUGGAUUCGGUGCCGGCGAAGGAGAACAGGGGGCCAAGCAGUGCCCGCCGCUGCUGACGACGAAGCAAGAAGGCAGACUGGAAAUGGACGACGGGAACGGCGAGCCGCUUGAAGCCCAGUGUGGCAGUGGGAGACCACGCGUUUUGACGGCUGACGCGUUUCCUCCCUCUCAGCGUCUGUCGCGAUCGACGUCACUCGAUUCCUCUCUCGCUUCAAGCCGCAAAUGCAGAGCACAGCUCCUCCGAGCGACCGAUGCACUGUGCAUGCGUUCCCCGCUGUUUACCCGGAACGACUCGCCCCUCUUCUCUCGUGUCCCCUCUAUGAGCCUCACAACAGGUGGGCGCUCUGAGCUAAAGCUGGGGGCGAGCGAACCAGGAAGCAGUGAAGAGAGGAAAAGCGAGAAAGAGUACGGGACGCAACUGGACAAAGAGACAGGCGACAGCUCCAUGGAGGAUGAGGUCGUUUCGGGGUUGGAAGGUGACCGCGAGGUAUCUGGGAGAACACUUCUGCAACCCGACUUUCACACCCGUCUUCAAGCUGCUUUGCGCGAACAAGAAGAAUGUCGCGCGCCGGGACUCCGCCUCCUUAGACAGCAGGAAAUGAGGGAGCAAGGCGACAUGGAAGCUGAACCAGUGCUUGCUCCUUCCCACUCGAGAGGCGGCGAUGAUGAGGGACGGGUGGGCCCCGGAGUGGGCCGGCUCAAUGGCGCCGGGAGAAGAAGAGGCAAAAACAAGGGCGCGGCUCGUCUCCCGCAUUUGUUUCGUGUCGGCGGUGCUGACUCCGAUGCACGAGAGGGCAUUUUGAACGCAGUUGUAGCAAAAUCCAGUGAUGGAGGAGAACGAACUGCUGGAGACGUAGAGAUGGAGGCGGACGGGGAACACCAGUGUGACUGGGCAAUGAAGGCGGCGGGUGCAGAGGACGUGGCUGCACUGUUAGCACCAGGACACAGAGAGAGUCGAGAAGGCGAAGACCGGGGUGAGAAAGCCAAAGCGACCACGGACGCGCAGCAGCUUCCUGAGGAUGCUGUCAUUCGUAUGCUCUCGCUCUCCGUCGAACUCGACAUUAUGGGAGUAAAUUCGUGUGCCGUCGGCAGUGCCGAGGAUGUGGCGCGAAUGACCCGCUGGAGAGCAGACCUAGACGAUGAGUCAGACUCCUCGGUCAGCAUCCGGAAAAAUGGUGUGGAGAACGGUGCGUCUGCGUCUGGCGUGGCGUCGGAGCUGAAGGAUAGAGAGAUAUUGGCCACUCGAUGCGAUGACAAAGACCAGGUUGUCACACGGGUUACAGAGAAAAACGCGCAGCGGCAUACCAUCAUCGAAGAUCUGGGCACCACAGACGGGCCUCGCACAACGCGGAUGGUGGUGCAGCAUGGCGAUGAUGACUCGUCGCCUCGAGAGAGUUCAGCUGUUUUGAGGCUCGAUGAUGUGUCGUUGCCUCUCUAUCCCAUUGGGCAAACAAUGGAUUGUUCCCCAUCUACACCUACCUCGUCUCCGAUCGCCUGCUGUUCACGGUUUGCUCGCCAGCUUGUCUUUAGUGCCUCACGGUCUCCCCGAGCUCGUCCCUUCUUCUUCGGCUCCCAUCAUACGGUUUCUGGACCGACUUCAUGCCCCUCGUCGGCAUUUGCUCCCACGUUUGCCACUGGUUCCAGGGGUGCUCUGGCGAAUGCACAAGAUGAAAAGGAUGAGGAACGACGGGAGAGUCACGCAUUGAUGUGUGCGCUCGGAAACAUAAACGAGGAAGAAAGUGGAGAAGAGCCGCAAAAUCGCGUUUGCGCCAUCGAUGCCACCGCUGGUGUCGGCGUAGAUGGUGUCUCUGACAACGCAAGAGAGACGGGCAAGAAGAGUGAAGUGGACGACAGCGAGGAGCGAUGCGUGAGUAUGCCUCUCUUCCAGAGGAAAAAGGCGUCACCGUUCUGUCACGAAGGAGAACUCCUACUAGCCUCUCCUUUGGCCCCGCCGCAUCCGGACAUUCUUACGCCGAGGAGCGCCGGAAACGCCUGCGGUGCACGUCUCCUCCUUGGGCCCGCACCUGGUUGCGGUGUCUCACCAUCUCCACAGCACCCGCCGAUCACUGAUAUUUCGCCAGGGGCAGUGUGUGGAGGCGCUGGAGUGGGUGCAGCCACAUGGGCUUCAUCGUGCCGGUGCUUUCUUCCAGAAGACUCGCUGUCUCUCUUUCUAGAAAUUCGCUCCACGCUCCUGAAUCUCUUGGAAGAACUACACGAUGCGUGUUGCUGCUGUCAUCCUGCGUCGAGUAAGGGGCCGAGCCUUCGUUUCAGCCCAUGUUGCGCAUAUCAUUUCCCGGCGUCCUUCCCGUGUUCGUUACCAUCUUCCUCGUCAUGUUCCGUAACAACGCCCAGGCCCCUCUCGCCGUCCUCCCCGUCGCCCCCAGCGUCGGUGUGUCAUUCCUUCUCUUCUAGUGCGAUAGAUGACACUGUUGUGCAGUCGAGGGGAUCAUCCCUGGAGGGGCAGAGGUCAAUCCGCGACAUCGCCUGUGCAGGCGAGGCCUCUCUGUGUUCUCCGGCCUCCGCGUCCGCCUCCCCAGGUUUGAAAGCUCUGCGGCCGCCGGGACUGGAGCCUUUGUGCCCCCACGCGCUUGCUGCUGAGGUGUCUCCAUCGUCAAGCGAAACCGUUGCGUCACCUGUGGGAACCGGCGAAUUCUUCCGUGAAGCCGUUUCGCGAGGAGACUCGACUCCGCCCGGCUUGUGUGGCGGCGACAGUGCGACACUGGAAAAGGUGGUCUUCAAAAAGGACGAACUCAAAGAGGAUGUUAGCUCCGUUGUAGACGAGGCCUCACCAGUCGAGCAGGAGAGAGAUGAAAAGGAGAAGAAGAUCCCUGGAGUCCGGGUGUCGAUUGGCAGCAAUGUGUGCGCGUUUCGCGUGGACGGAAAGCAAAACCUAGACAUCCGCGAUGAGUGCCCGGACAGUCAGAAAAAGUCAGCCCUCCGUGCGAAAGCGACGACAACUGUUAGUACGACUGUCUCUGCGAUUACCCCUGCUUGCACACCUACUGCAUCAGGCUGUUUCGUAGACAGCCAUUGUGGCGUCUCCAUAGUCACCGGCAUCCCUGUGUGCGGGGUACCAUCCAUUGAGGAUUCGCGAUCCGAGUCGCCGGUCGGUCCAGACGUAGAGGUGAAGCGUCUUUCCGGAGUCCCGCCGAGCCCGACGGGGAUAGACGAAACUGUCGAGUCAACUGCGAACACCGGCCUGAUCGGGAUGUCAGAAAGCGGUUUUGCCAAGACGGCAGAGGCUGUUGCAGCUCAGAAGAAAGCAAUGAGUGGAGAAAUCGAAAGAGCGGGAGACAGCGACAGGCUAAGUCGGGUGGCGGAUGGGUUGUUGUCCGGCCAGCAAACCAGAGAGGGGUUCGAAGAGGAAGAACGCGCAUCCAUAUCUUCCGGUGCCACACGUUGCCCUGGCACGGGAGACAAGAACGCUGGACUUGGAGGUCGAUGCAGCCUUGACACGCCUGCCGCGUCGCCUUCGUCUUCAGUUUCCGUGGCUUCUCCCGACGCCUACUCGUUCUCGCCCUUCACCCGCUCAGGAGUGGGAGCUGAGUCCCCCGGAGAGAACCAGAAUGCUUUGUCGGCCUCGUCGUCACCUGCCCUUCUCACGUCUUCCACUCGUCAUCCCCCGCUUCCGUCUUCACUACAUCGAGUUCCGGGUGUUGUGUCGCCGUUCGCGUCUUCCUCAUCUCUAUCUGUCUGCUCCAGCACACCGAUGUCUCAAGGGGGCGUCCUCCCGCGGUGUGGACCCGCGCUACAUGCACUCUUUUUCGAGCAUGUAGACUGUCUGCGGUCCUCGAGGUGUUUCGUGGAGCAACUGGCCUACGCACACAUUUUCCGCAUGUGCCUCCAGACACUCGGUGGGGGUCGGCCUUCUUCCCUGUCUCCGUUGCAGCAACAGUUCCUCGUUCGAGAACUUUUUCUCCUUCGGCAGGAGCCGAACAGGCUGCUGGUUCGAAAUGCGUUCAUGUGGACAGGCCAGCCGGGAUGCCGGCACAUUUUGGAUCAACUGUGUGGCUCGUCUGUUUCUCUAAGUGCAGGGAUGAUUACAUCAAAAAACCCAUUCGCGAUGGAUAGAGACAAAUUGGGGGCUGCCGGGCAUGCAACCCAACAUGGCGCCUACGGAUGGGGAGGCCUACAUGGCAUGGGAAACGGCGAUGGUUCUUCACCUGGCUUCCCUGGCGGAUUUUUCGGAUUUGAAAAAUCAAGCAGUAACUGGGAAUUUUCUGGUCAGCAUGGCUUCGAUGAUCUCCGGAAGAACGGAUCUCAUGCGGGGCAGAGUCGAAUCUCCACUCGCGGCCAAUCUGCUCUCGCUGCGGCGACUGCGACGAGUAGCGGAGAACAGGCGCGUGUCGAGUGUAUUGGAGGAGUGGAUGACGGAACAGGCAAAGAGGCUGGGUACUCGACGGGUACCCGAAAAGGUCGAACAUUUGGAGAUCAGGAAGAGUCAGACGACCGCGAAGGUGGAGGUAAAGCAGACCAGAAGGGUGACGCGGCAGCUUCAAGUGACAUUAAUUCUCCUGUCGCCGCUUCACCGGCGAAAGCCCUUCUUGACCCCUCGAUCUUCCUUUGUACAGCUGACAUGGAAGUGGGGGCCCAGAAGAGUGCGCUUGUUGCAUCUCUAAGAGCGCUUCGAUCGUUGGCACCAUCGUGGGCCUCCCAGCCAGAAGGUGGCUUUGCGUUUCACCUCCAGCAGCUCCUCCAGGCUCGUUCGCUUCAUUCUCAGACGCUGCAGAACUAUCGCGUGAUCCUCCAAGAACUUUUCUCCGUUCCGCCUCGUCUGUGGGGGAAGGAGCGUUUGUUGGAUGCUCUUCAUGAUCUCGACUGUUUGUACAGUGUAACAAAACGUCGAGCAGAGGCACGACAGAAACGUGUAGAAGAGAUGCUGCGCACGUCCAGGGAAAACGCCGAUUCUGAGGCUCAAGACAUGAUCCGAAGAGACGACGAAGGUAAUGAGUCUUCGCACCUGUCAGGAGCCGGUGAAGGUCAGGAAAACCGCGCAGAAUCUGUCCGGGUGUUGCAGCAGGCGUCACGAUUGGGACAAACAGGAGAGGGCGGUAGUGGUGGCCGCCGCGUAGUGAUUGAUGAUGCGAGGCUUCCAAAGGUGUUUGGGUCGGGAUCGUAUGCGCCGGAGGACAGUGUGGCUUCCCGGUCUCAAGAGAAACCAGAUUUCCUUAGUGAGGCAGACGAUGUCCAUAGUGCUGAUUCUUUUUUCAAGGGCUCUAGGAGGCGUGAAGACACGGAUUCACGCGAUCCCAUGACGCGUCACCAUCUGCAGAGUGAGAGGGACGAACAUUCGCUGUUGAAUUCGGAAGAGCUCCACUUUCGCCAAGGGCGAAGUGUGUGUAUCGGGGGAAAGUCUUCGUCCUCUUUUGAUGCUGCUGAAUCUCUAGGAACCCAUAGAGGAGAUUCGUCCGACUUAGAGGAUCCAUCGAUAUGCGCGAAGGGGUGGCCCUCCACAACAGGCGAGUCAGACACGCAGGCGUUACAACAGGUUCUGGAGGAGCAGCUUCGGAGACAGGGUCUCAGUGCACAUAAUGUUGGUGCGACACUAGCUCAGGUUCUUCGGUCAGGAGGAACGGACGCUGCGUUGAAGGCUCUGCAGCGACUUCUGGCUCCGUCGCGACAGUCUCAGGGUGCGCACGCUGGAGGUCUUAGUCGAGACAACCGAGUCGGUGCCAUGGAGAGGAGCCAGAAACAGCUUCUUCGCCAGCUCAUACAAGGCGCCACUUCUAUGUCACCAUCCCUUGGUUCUUCCUGGGAAGCCAAUGGUGUGUCUCUGGCAUACGCCAGUAAGCUUCGUGGAGUUUCUAGUCAGCGCGGCGGACGGGAAGGCGAUGAACAAGAACCGAUUCCGCUUCUUGGGACUUCGAAGCAACGGGGGCUCGAGAGAUCGGGUGCGUCUCCAGCGCGCUCUGGCAGUGGAAUGCCAACAGACGAGGAACGACUAGGAACAGAAGUAACAGAGAGAGGUAAUGCGUCGCGCCGAGGAAAACCCCACUACUCGGAGUCCUCUUCGAAACGUAUGAAGACAGAGGGUGGUCAUCUGCGGCGCCAUGACGCAUCCUUGUCGCUUGCGGUGGGCGAUGACGAGCUGCAGGCGCUUUCAGCGCUGCCGUCCCCAAAUGACCAGGCGCUGGGUUCCUCGCGAGCGCACACCCGUCAUUCACCCUUAUCACGUCAGUCUCAUUUCCCGUCGCCCUCUGCCGCAGGCCUCAAUGGGAACCAGAAACUUGGUGUAUCUGGUCACUGUUCAUCUCGACGCCACGAGGCAAAAGAAAUGGCCGCUGGCGAAGGACGAGGAAAGUCAUACGCUUGGUCCGCUGCGGGGAACGGGAGAGAGGGUGGCGUGGGAAGUCGCGGAUCCGGCACUGGUCGAGAGUCAGGAUCGGGAGGUCAGAAGGAAGAACAAGCAGAGCGACUGGAGUAUGCAAGACGGGCCGCAACACUCGAGAAGGUGAAGGGAGUGUUCAUCGGCAAGAAAAACACUUGCUGGGUCGCCCAGUGGACUGACAGCUCGGGCCGUUCCCGUCAAACAUGUUACAAUAUAAAGGCUCUCGGCUUCGAAGUGGCCCGUCAAAAGGCGAUUGAGGAGAGACAGAGGCAGAUGGGGUCUGCCCCAAUAAUUGUGUCAGGAGGCAGUGGCAGACACCAGAGUUCGGCUGCUUCGGAUCUUCGCCGACAAGGUGGCAUGGCAACCUCGGCUACUGCCCAUGCUAGCGGUGUAGGCGUAGUAAGCCAUGGAUCUGGAGAUGUGACUUCUCCGGCAUUCUCAGCAUCCGCGCAGGUAGCGGGUGGCCCGCGUGAUACCGAUGAACUAAUUGCUUUGAGGAAUGAGGACCAGAAAGUGACCGGAGGCCCAGGACGGAGACAAACUAUGAGUUCAUCUCCAGGGAGUGUCAGCCCGACCAUGUUUCCGACAGAUGGGCUGCCUUCGCGUCAGAACGGAAACUCUGCUGGCACCGCCAACGGCACUACGGCGAUGGCCAAUGAUGCACUGCUUUCUGCUGUCGUCCAUGCUACAGCAAAUGCCCUGAACGGGGUAGGAGUCAGUUCGAACGCUGAAGGUAAUUCAGUUCGAUCUUCCCUAUCGCCGACCUCUCUGGCUGCAGACAUUCUUGCUCAGUUACAGAGUGCGUCCCGAGGGCUGUCUCCCUCACCAUCGGAUCGACGAAAAAGGAGCGUCGAUCUGCUACGGUCGCUGUCUGGUUCUCCUGUCUUAGGAGCCUCAAGUACGGCGCCGCCACUCCCGUCUGCUUUGUCGCCGUCCUCUCCAGAUGGGGCGGCUUCAACAAUGGUGCCUUCCGCUGGGUUGAUUAGUGGAGGGGAGAGCGGUCGGCUGCCCGUUUUGGCUGCCCAGGGUCCAGAGUCUCCUCUAUAUUCUCCCGCGUCUUCAUGCGAGGACCCGUCACGAGCAAUGGCCCAACAUAGCACGCCUGGUGGAUUUGUUCAUGCUUCUUCUGGCGGGGCUCCACAAGGACCGUCAUCGCCAUCUGUGGAAGCGAGUCAUGAUCUGUCGUCGCCAUCUCUCAUCAAAGAUGCGGCAGGAGAGAGUGAACAGGAAAUGAAGCGAAUGACGCUUGAUGAGAAGAGCGGUGCCGAUGCAACUCGUCCAACAACUGUGGAUCUGCAUGCUGCCCGAAACGUUUGCACAUCUCCGGGCAUGGCGAGCUCUUCCUUUUCUUUGUCAGAAUCGUCGCCUCUGGUAGCGCCAUCUCUCCCGAAGAGCGAAACUGGCGUCAGUUCAAAUGUCCCGUCGCUGGCGUCUCUUUCAGCAGCGUUGUCGCAGGCCUUCCCUAAUCUUGCAUCUGCUAUGUCUGUGCCAACCUCUAACAAGGUCCCAAGAACCGACUCGUUGUCGUCUGUUUCGCCGGAGCAUUUGCAACUUUUCCAGCAGUUGGCUGAGCAGUUCCUGCCGUCGCAACAACGCCUUCAACCGCCGCGAAACUCACACGGUUCAGCAGCCUCUAUCGGGAGUGCUUCCUCGCUUUCUCUCAUUAAUCCCCAUGUCGAAAUGAGUAGUGUUUCUCGAAAUUCGCCGAUCUUCGGAAAUACGGUGGACCCCGGUGUUCUCUCUGGUGUAGCUGAAUUAAGUACAGCCAUUUCGCAAACAGUGAGAAGUGGGGACCUAGCUGCAAAUGUAGGAAAUCGGCAUCUCGCAUCAUCCACACAUCUUUCAUCAUCCUUGUCGCAGCUUCACUCUACAAACCUGCCAUCCGUUAAUUCCUUUUCGACUGAGCCUCCCCUUUCCCGAGCGUCGUCGGGUUGCACCUCUGCGUCUGCCCUCCCGUCCAUGUCUCUGCAUUCGACAAACCCUCGACUAGCCUCGCCGUCGACGUCACCGUUCCAAGCGCCGUCGUCUGAAGCCGGAUCGUCAAUGAACUCAGCUUCUUCAGCUACGAGGCGAGAAAGCAGUGCGGUACCAAGCCAUCCGUCUUCGCCUGCUACGAAGUUGUCGUUCCUGUUAGGUGGUCAUGCGCAGGGCGCAUCGGGACAAAUGGUCGACGUAUUCUCACGCCAGUCAAGCGGAACGGCACCCAGAGGACCAGAGGAUGCGUACGCCGUCUUUGCAGGCCCCAAUGCAGGUCGGGGCCGACGACACCGGAUGGCCUACACCCACAAACAGGGGCGCCGCACCUAUGCGUCUCAAGCCCGUGACUUCCCCCGGGUUGAGGGUAUCGAGUAUAAUGUAAAGUGCGCGUGCUGGGAAGUGCGUUGUGGAGCGAGCUUCAAGGUAUUCAGUACACGUCGAUUAGGCGGUCUUCAGGAGGCGUAUGACCUCGCUGUCAAGUGGAAACAGGAGGUGGAAGGUGGAUCAGGAGGAAAUGGUUGUCGGCGGCUUGUUAGUGAUAGGAGGUUGGCAAGGAACGCGGGAACAGUUUCACAGAAUAUGAUGAUGUUCCUGGGGAACGAUGGUUCCGGCGGCCCUCGGGUCUCGGGUGGUGAUGAGGACGGAGAGGCGGACGAAGAGGCUGACCACGAGGAAGGUUGCCCCUACCCGGGGGAGAGUGACGCGGGGAAUAGCCUCAAGCGGGGAUCACGUUCGGGAAGCUCCAAAGAAGAUCAAGAAGAUGACGACAGGCUGCGGGUGCUUCAGCACACUGAGUGGGGAGCGGGUAACAGGGUAGAAAACCCCGCAGUGGAUAGAAACGCAAGAGCGCUUGCGUACGACCUUUGGAUGCGGUCUGGUGGAUCACCGUCGUGUGAGGACGGUGCUCCCGCACCGGCAAUGAGUCUGGGUGAGGCAGCAUUGGCGACGCAGAGACCCCAAGGAGACGUAGACAUGCUUACCUCUCUUCUCGAGCAGCUAUCUAAAACCAAUGGCACCGCUGGAAGCGGCUCUGUCUCGUCUCUUCAGGAAGACUCCCAAGCUGCCCCUGAGGAUAUUUGCGGUGCACUGACGUUGCUGGCGGGUGCUGUCAAUGGUCAGAGCACAGACAUUGGGAAACAAGGAUCUCUAGGAGACGUUUUGACAGGGGAUGUGGCUCAUGAUUUGAGGCGGUUAUUGCGACCGGAGCCUGAUGAAAAUGCCAGGGGGUCUGCGGUCAAUCGGGACACGAUGGUAAGAGGAGUAAAGGAUGGGGGACAAGCGCAUGAAAAUGGGGAUGACCCAAGUCCGGGCGAACUGAGAGGAAACGGAGGGCGAGACUCCGCACAGCAUAUGGAAGAACACAAGAAGCGAAGCCGUGAAUAUGAUGGACACAACGAUCCAGAAAACAGGUUGAUCAACGCAAUCUUCGCGGCAGCUUCGUCUAGCAAAAAGGCGAGAACGGACUGAUGAGAAAGGGGACUCAGAUGUCAGAUGAGAUGCUGUUGUGUGGAAGCACUGCAUUGCCUCUCAUCGUACGCCGAUUACUGAUAAGAAGUUGGCAACUUGUGUUGCCGUUGUAUCAACCAAGUUGCUCUUGUAAUUGGCGAGUAGUGGCGAUUGUGUAGGUUGUCUUUGUGGUACGGCCACAAAGGGGUGCAUUGACAGUUCCAAAAGAGGUCGUCUCAAUUCGCUAUUCAGGCAGAGAUACCUGUUGUGAAAGAUGGCCAGUUUUAGAAUUCCACAAAGGUUUGGCUUUAGGCCGGAAUACAAUUGUACAGAUGAAAAACAACCCACCGUCCCAACUACGCCUCUCGUGGGGUAUGCUGAUUACAGGCAGUGUGAUGUUGCGUUGUGUAGCGCUUGAAACGUGCGUUGAUGGUUGCUCAUACUGGUCGGGGGCUUGCCUGCAAAUUGGCGUGUGCUACGGAACCGGCAUGCUUUACCCCGGACAUGCCCAGCAAUAUGAUCACGCACCACGUAUGACUUUUUCUUAUGUGCUGGGGUCCCAAGGAAUAAGCAAGGAACGCGGCUACUUUUGAAGACCGUCGGUAUACAUGCUUUCGGUGAUCUAGUGGGUGCUGGGAUGUCACUGUCAUUUCCGUGCGUUUUGUCGUCGCCCGUGCCUUUGAUUAGGAACGGACGGCAAGGGCCGGUUGUUCCGUAGACAUUCGCUUAUGUUUAAGAGGGUAAGUGAAUGGAGGAGGGCAGUCCUCAUGCAGCUGAUUAUGUCCCCUCCGUUGUAAUACAGAUAAACACAACAAUUUCCUCAAUGUGGUCAGUGUAACUGUAUAAAGCUUGGAAUGGCCUUGUUCACAGAUAUCAUGGCGAGUCUCACAGAGCCUCUCUUGGAUAUUGGUUCCGUGCACAAAAGCCGGGCAUAUUAUCAUCAGUGACUGUAGCAGUUUACGGGUUGACUGAAGUAGGUAAAUAAAACAGUUCGCGAAAAGCGCCGACAGCACUGCUUGGAAGUUGUCCCUCCUGCAGUGAAUGAUGCGGUAGCAUGCGUUCACAAAACUCGUUCAGGAAUCACACCCAUUGGGUUCCAGUACUUGUGCUUUCCUCCUGUAUAUUUCUCACCAAGCCGUAUAUAGCACUUUUUGACAAAUAUUUGGUCCCAGC